AUGCUCGAAUCUAAGAAGAAUGAGAUCGUCCAGCUCGAGCAGACGCAAACUCGGGAUGAGGAGCUCAUGAAGCCUGUGCCUAUUGUUGGCAAGGUAGAUUACUCUGGUGCCUACGAGAAGACUGAUCCCAGAGAGAUUGCGCUUGUCAAGAAACUCGACCGAUGGAUCAUGCCCAUGUUGUGGAGCAUGUACUGGCUCAACUAUCUUGAUCGCAAUGCCAUCGCACUAGCUCGUCUCGAUGAUCUUGAAGAAGAUCUGAACCUUACCAGCAGCCAGUACCAGACAUGCGUGAGCAUUCUCUUUGUAGGAUACCUCCUCGGCCAGAUACCCAGUAACAUGUUUCUCAACCGAACGCGUCCAUCGCGAUACAUGGGCAUCUGCAUGAUGCUCUGGGCCGUGGUCUCAGCUCUUACAGCCCUCUCCAAAGAUUUUACUGGCCUCCUUCUAACACGCUUCUUCCUCGGUGUCACAGAAGCGCCUUACUACCCCGGUGCUGUCUACCUCCUCUCCACCUUCUACACCCGCAAAGAAGUCGCAACCCGCAUCGCCAUCCUCUACACAGGAAACAUCCUCGCAACCGCCUUUGCCGGCCUGAUCGCAGCAGGAAUCUUCCACGGCCUCGGCGACGUUGGUGGAAUUACGGGUUGGCGGUGGUUGUUCAUCCUUCAGGGAGCCGUUACGUUUGUCAUCGCCGUCGUCGGCUUCUUCCUUCUUCCCGACUUUACGCACAACACUUGGUGGUUGACGCAAGAAGAGCGCGAUCUCGCCACCAACCGCAUGGCGCUCGACACCGUCGGCAACAAGGGCGAGACAUCAGUGUGGGCUGGUUUCCGUCAAGCGGGCAAGGACCCCAUGGUCUGGAUCUUCGCUUUCAUGGCACACAUGCAUCUCGCUGCCAACGGAUUCAAGAACUUCUUCCCUACCGUGGUGCAGACGCUUGGCUUCGGGAAGACCAUUACUCUUGUUCUGACAUGCCCGCCUUACCUCAUCGCUGGUGCGGUUACCAUUGCAGUAUCAUGGUCUUCUGGCAAGUUCAACGAGCGUACGUGGCAUAUUACUAUUUCCAAGGCCGUUGCGACGUUUGGCUUUGGAUUGGCUUGUGCUGAUAUCGGUACCGCGGGCCGCUAUGUCGCCAUGAUCAUCUUCACAAUCGGUACUUAUGGCGUCAACUCCUUGAUUCUGGGUUGGUGUGGAUCGACGUGUGGUCAGACACCCGAGAAGAAGGCAGUCGCUAUCGGUAUUGUCACCACUGUCAUGAACGCCUCGUUUAUCUGGACACCAUACCUAUGGCCCAAGUCUGACGAACCAAAAUACAUCAUUGCGCUUAGCUCGUCUGCUGCAUUCUCCGUUGCGACUGCGCUGGCGGCGUGGCUUGCAAAGAUUCUCUUCGUGCGCAAGAACAAGCAGCUGAAGGAGCGCGACAGCGAGAACAUGACCUUCUACGUGUACUAG